AUGCUGCUGAAGAACGUGGACAGAAACGCUACCUACCCUUGGCACGACAGGGUCUGCGAAACCAGAGUCCGCGGCGACUACCUGUAUUACCACUACGCCUGCGACGGCUUCGAUGACAAGGGCUGGGGUUGCGGUUACCGAACGCUGCAGACGAUGUGCUCGUGGGUCAAAUUGAAUCACAAGCCGGGCGGUGCCGAAGUGCCCUCCAUUCCGCAAAUCCAAGAUAUUCUGGUGCAAAUCGAAGACAAACCGGAAUCUUUUCGCAACUCGCGCCAGUGGAUCGGAAGCGUCGAGGCGAGCUAUGUGCUGAGCAACUUGUACGACUGGGACUGCCGAAUUUUGCAUGUUGCGUCUGGAGCUGACUUGGGCAACUCGGUGUCCACCCUGAGGAAUCACUGGGCUGAAGGUGGAGGGCCUGUCAUGGUUGGGGGAGACGUGGACUGCUCCUCAAAGUGCGUCGUUGGCGAAAGGGCUGGCCAUUUGUUGGUUCUGACACAAAUUUAG